AUGGCCUCUUCAACGAGGAGGAAAUUCAGCUGUGCGAAAGAGGGGAGGAGGCUUCAGCCGGAGAUCAGAGUGGAAGAAGGAGCAGCCUGGAGGAAAUCCAGCUGUGUGAAAGAGGUGGAGCGCACGCAGGAGCUGAGGGAGAGGAGGAGGCAGCAGCAGGAGCUGAGAGAGAAGAAGGACCAGGCUCAUGACGCAAAUCCAAACUAUGACAUAACGUGCAUGAUCAGAGACAACCGCGCGCGGCUGAACUACGCGUGUCUCAGCAUGGCGGACCUGAACGCUGAGCACAAGAUCUGUGUGUGCGUGAGGAAACGGCCGCUCAACCAGAAAGAACUGAGUUUGAAGGACAUAGAUGUUGUCACUAUCCCAAACAAGGACGUUGUGAUGGUCCACAAGCCGAAACAGAAGGUGGACCUGACCCGUCACCUGGAGAACCAGACCUACCGCUUCAAUUACGCCUUUGACGAGGCCACGACUAACGAGAUGGUCUACAGGUUCACGGCCAAGCCGCUGGUCCAGACCAUCUUUGAGAGGGGAAUGGCCACCUGCUUCGCUUACGGACAGACAGGAAGUGGAAAAACACACACAAUGGGCGGGGACUUCACUGGGAAUACCCAGGACUGCUCCAGAGGGAUCUAUGCGUUCGUCGCACAGGAUGUGUUCACCCUGCUGAAGCAGCCGGCCUACAGGCCCCUGGGCCUGCAGGUGUACGUCACCUUCUUUGAGAUCUACAUCGGAAAGGUGUUCGACCUGCUGAACCAUAAAACCAGGCUGCGGGUACUGGAGAACCAGAACCAGCAGGUGCAGGUGUUUGGGCUGCAGGAGAGGGAGGUCCGAAGCACCGAAGAUGUCCUCAGUCUGAUCGAGACAGGGAACAGCUGCAGGGUGUCCGGUAAGACCUCGGCCAACGCCCACUCGUCCCGCAGCCACGCCAUCUUCCAGAUCCUUCUGCGGCGGAAUCGGGGCCUGCACGGGAAGUUCUCGCUGGUGGACCUGGCGGGGAACGAGCGAGGGGCGGGCGCCGGCAGCUCCAACCGGCAGACCUGCCGCGAGGGCAUGGACAUCAACAAGAGCGUGCUGGCAUUGAAGGAGUGUAUCCGCGCCCUGGGACGGAACAAACCCCACACCCCGUUCAGAAACAGCACCCUGACCCACGUGCUCAAGGAAUCCUUCAUCGGGGAGAACUCCAGGACCUGCAUGAUUGCCACCAUCUCUCCUGGCAUGUCGUCAUGUGAGAACACUCUAAACACCUUGCAAUACGUUAACAGGGUGAAAGAGUUGACGAUUGACCCCAGCAUGCUGAUAAAGGAGCAGCCCAACAUGGAAUUGCCGACCCAGCUGGACAUAAUGGAUUCAGAAUCACACAGGGGUGCAGAGAGUGCCCACCAACGCAAAUACUUCAAACUGCUCUGUGAAUAUUAUGAGGAUGAGAAGGUCUUCCUGGACAUGGCUGAACAGUUGAAUGAUGAUAUCUACUCCUACACCGACCAGCUCCUGCAGAUGCUGGAACAGAAGCUUGAGGUCCUGACUGAGCUUCGAGACGAGGUGAGAAGGUUCCAGCGGGUCGGGGCUUUGAAGAACCAAACGGGCGAGCGAUCAGCCCAGGAGCGAUCAGCCAAGGAGCGAUCAGCCCAGGAGCGACCAGCCCAGAGCGAUCAGCCCAGAGCAAUCAGCCCAGAGCAAUCAGCCCAGAGCAAUCGGCCCAGGAGCAAUCAGCCCAGAGCGAUCAGCCCAGAGCGAUCAGUCCAGAGCGAUCAGUCCAGGAGCGAUCAGUCCAGGAGCAACCCUGUCACCGCCCUGUCACCUGAACGGGUUGAACCACACCCGUUUAGGCCACACCCACUUUGAGUAACCCCGGAGGCCUGUACGAAAAUUAAAAACAAAAUAAAAUAAAAAAAACAUUUUUAUCCUCUUCUUUCUUUUACUUCCUCCUGACCCAGACAUUCCAACCUGUUA